ACACUGAGCUUGCAGCUUCUCAACCAGGCUAGCAGCAGCACCAUGUCAGACAGCCCUUGCCCCGGAAAUCCCAAGGCUGUCCUAUCUGUGCCCACCGUCUCCACAUGCUCCAAGGGUGGCAGCAUUAGAAAUGCUAUCCGUUUGCCUAGUUCCUGCCAGAGUAGGACGUGGCAACUGGUUACACAUCAAGAAAACUGCAUACCACCCAACAGUGCCCCAGUUACCUCUGAACCUGUUUCUUGUCCAUCAACCUGCUUUCUAGAAACUUCCUGUGUGGGUUUUGUUUGCCAACCUAUAGGUUCACAUAGAGCCUGCUGUGCACCUGACACUGGUGGGACUCUUCAUCCAGCUGCCUCAUGCCAGCCCUGCAGUUUGGAAUCUGCUGGAAAGUGCUGUGACAACAGCCCCUGCCACCAGAGCUCCGACCAGGGACCUGCCUGCACCUCAGCGUCAUGCCGGGAAGCAUGUGACACAUCAGCCCACUGUGAGGAUGGAUCUGGCCAGCCAUCUGGCUCUGAAGCAACUGCCUGUGCUGAGAACCAGUGCCUACCAGCUAGCUGUGAGGCCGGUUCAUGCCAACCAACCUGCUGCCAAGGAGGGUCACAUCAACCCAUCAAAGGUGAAGGUCAGCUCUGCAAGUCAGUUUGUUAUCAACCUAUCUGCUAUAUUCUCAAGCCCUGCCAGUCAGCUCCCUGCAUGCCCAUCUCCUGCCAGACAUUAUCUUGUAUGUUCAGUUCUUGCAGUCAAACUUGUUGUGCGCCCUCCUCUUGCCAGCCAGUUCACUCUCAACUAGCACCUUCAUUCUCCUUCAUUUGCCAGCCUGUGGCUACCUGCCAGUCCCCUUGUUGUGUAAAGAACAGCAGUAAAUCAGCUUCAUGUGUUAUGAUUUCUGGUCGACCCACUUUCAAUCAGAGCGGCUGCCAAUCUCCUUCAGGCCCGCCCCCUUGCUGUGUGACCGGUUUAGGCAAACCUUCCAGCAGUGGCCCUGGUUGCUGUCCACCAAGUUCUCCAAAUGUCUGCCAAGCGGGCAUCUGCGUGCCUGCUUGCUAACAACCUAGUUGUGAGUCCAGCUUUCCUGAGGCCCAUCUUCACAAUGGAACACUUCGCAGCUCAUCUGAGGAUGUGCUACAGUUCCCAAGUGUGGAGCCAUCUGGUGGGUGCCUGCCUCCAGCACGGAUGCUGCCUACUCUCUGGCUUUUCUGGAGCUCAGAGCCAA